AUGAUGCUCCACGUCAAGUCGCCCUCGUCAAGUCUGUCGCUCUCUGCCCACCACUCGUGUCUCUAUCCUUCCGUCGGCUCCUCGGCUUCGUCGGCCUCCUCCUCUGCUGGCGCCUCUAGUACGGCCAUGUACUUUGCGGGCUCCCAGGACCUCCGUGAGGCCUCAAAACCAUCGGCCCAUUUUGCCUCGGCCGACAGUGCCGCCACGCUGGUCUGCACAUCCGACUCGAGCCGAUACACCCUGCUGCCUGGCUCCUCCAGGAUCGAGACCGCCCUGUCGUCGAUCGAGUUCGCCAUCGACAGCACCACCUCGCAACACGUGGUUCUGAAACGCUCCCUCGAUGAUCUGGCCUCCAUGGACCACGAGCUCGAGAUGCUCCGGCUGAUCAAGGACCAUGGCGUCCCCAACGUCACGACCGUCAUCGACACCUUCGUGGACGGCGACUCGUGCUCCGUCGUCGUCUUUCCCAAGCUGAAAAAGCUCGACUGCCCUUCGUCCGUCUCGCUCCUGCUGGUCAGAAACGUGCUCAAAUCACUGCUCCAGACGCUCCUGGCGCUUCACGCCCUCGACGUUGCCCACCUGGACCUGUGUCUUGCCAACGUAAUGCAGGACCCCAUCACCAACCAGCCGGUACUCAUUGACUUUGGCCUGUCCAGACGCUCAAGUCCCACCGAUCCGCAUCCCCGUGGCUGCGGCACCCCUGGCUACAUCGCCCCUGAGGUCCAGCACGGCACCUCCUUCGGCACCGAGUGCGACAUCUUCUCGCUUGGCGUCAUCUUUGGCCAGUGGCUCCACGUGUAUCUCCCGCGUUUCCCGGACUCGGCGCUCCGCUGCCUCGGAUCGGGCCUCCUGUUCCCCGGCCAGAUUGCCUCGCUCGUGCCCGUCAUCCAGCAGUACAUCCGCGACGAGCGCUCCCAUCUUGACGCCAUCCUCAUCUCGGCUGCCGAGCUCUUGGCCCUGAUGCUGAAAGAAGACCCCCGGGAUCGCAUCACGGCCUCCAAGUGCCUGUCGCAUCUCUUCUUGGUGGCCAGCGACCGCGCUUUCUCCGAGUUCUCGCUGGCCAAGGCCAAGACCAAGGCCCAGAACCUGUUCUACUACCCUCCGAGUCCCAGACGCUCUGAACAGGUCGUUUACUGGCGCUGA